AUGGCCACCAACGGUGUUAACGGUGCGAAGCACUACAACGAGGGAACCUUCCUCUUCACCUCCGAGUCCGUCGGUGAGGGUCAUCCCGACAAGAUCGCCGAUCAGGUUUCCGAUGCCAUUCUCGAUGCCUGCUUGGCUGAGGACCCCCUCUCCAAGGUCGCUUGCGAGACCGCCACCAAGACCGGUAUGAUCAUGGUCUUCGGUGAGAUCACCACCAAGGCCAAGCUCGACUACCAGAAGGUUGUCCGCAACACCAUCAAGGACAUCGGCUACGAUGACUCCUCCAAGGGCUUCGACUACAAGACCUGCAACCUCCUCGUUGCCAUUGAGGAGCAGUCUCCCGAUAUCGCUCAGGGUCUUCACCUUGACGACCGUCUCGAGAACCUCGGUGCCGGUGAUCAGGGUAUCAUGUUCGGUUAUGCCACUGACGAGACUCCCGAGCUCUUCCCCUUGACCCUCCUCUUCGCCCACAAGCUCAACGCUGCCAUGUCCGCUGCCCGCCGCGAUGGCUCCCUCCCUUGGCUCCGCCCCGACACCAAGACCCAGGUCACCAUUGAGUACAAGCACGACAAUGGCGCCGUUGUUCCCCUCCGCGUUGACACCGUCGUCAUCUCCGCUCAGCACGCUCCCGAGAUCACCACCGAGGAGCUCCGCAAGGAGAUCCUUGAGAAGAUCAUCAAGGCCACCAUCCCCGCCAAGUACCUCGAUGAGAAGACCGUCUACCACAUCCAGCCUUCCGGUCUCUUCGUCAUCGGUGGUCCCCAGGGUGAUGCCGGUCUCACUGGCCGUAAGAUCAUCGUCGACACCUACGGUGGCUGGGGUGCCCACGGUGGUGGUGCCUUCUCCGGCAAGGACUUCUCCAAGGUUGAUCGUUCUGCUGCCUACGUCGGUCGCUGGAUCGCCAAGUCCCUCGUCGCCGCCGGUCUUGCCCGCCGUGCCCUCGUCCAGCUCUCCUACGCUAUCGGUGUCGCUGAGCCCCUCUCCAUCUACGUCGAUACCUACGGCACCUCCGACAAGACCUCUGAUGAGCUUGUCCAGAUCAUCCGCAACAACUUCGACCUCCGCCCCGGUGUCAUCGUCAAGGAGCUCGACCUUGCCAAGCCCAUCUACCUCCAGACCGCCAAGAACGGCCACUUCGGCACCAACCAGACCUUCAGCUGGGAGAAGCCUAAGGCUCUCAAGUUCUAA